GUUUUGUUUCAAGUGGUACACUUAACUGAAUCCACAUUCAUAAACAAUUUUCAAAUAAGAAGUUAUUCUGUUCUUUGCAAAAAUGACAAAAUGGGAUUUUAUGAUGGAAUGUUUGCUUCAUUCCCUGCUUUUGUAUUAUGGAUAUUCUGCAUACGAUAUUGACAGUGGGGUUUGCCUGGAGACACCCUUUUAUUUUGCAUUAAGAGGAAGACCGUGCUGGUUUACUUUGACAGAGGCAAAAGUCUGGUUUGAAUCAGAAAUCGGCGAUUGUCCUAAAAAAUGUCAAGUAAAAAUCAGCAACUUAGAAAAUGAGGCAUGGAGUCAUUAUCACAAAUUGAAUUACACACCCCACUAUCAGCUGAAUUCAUUAACACUUAGAUUCAAUGGUUUAAGUGAGAAUUUGACGAUAAUCAAGACGAGCUGUACUUCUUUGUAUACAAAAAGAAGGAAUUUGAAAAUAAUUUGCGGAUCAGAUUUUGACAAAGCAGUAGACGACUCAAAAGACUUAUGUACAUCAACUAAAAAGUGCGAAGAUGAAAAAAAGAUAUGUUCCUUGAAAGGACAGAUCGGUGUCUGUGUGUGCAAUCCUGGAUAUAUCGGAAUAGAAAACGAAUGUUUGCAGGGAAAUUUGAUAUUGAAUGGAACAUGCAAACUAAAUGAGCAGUGCUCCAGGGUAUUUGGUUCUAUUUGUCAGAAUAAUACAUGUGUCUGUGGGCCUGAAUAUAAACCGUAUAAUGAUUCGGAAUGUUUGUUGCACUCUGAAAAUGGAGAAUACGAAGUUCGGGCCAUGGAACUUAAAGGUAUUUAA